AUGAGCUCCAAGCGAAAAGCCAGAUCGGCCGAGACGACUGGAUCCAGAAAAUCAUCUCGCCGUGGCAAGGGAGGAGACGGAAAAGAUCCCAGUAUCGACAAUCGUCUUGCCGACACAAAACCAGAAGAAAUCUUGGAAGUUUUUGAAAGUGAAGAACUGGAUCAGGGUGAAGAAGAUGAAGGCGAAGACGAAGAGAAGUACGGCGUGGUGAUUCUCGAUGUGCGUUCCUCCGAAGAAAUACUGAAGGAUGGUUUUCUGAACACUAUGGGUGCCAAUACCGGGGAAAUCCGAAAACGAUGCUUCGUGGAAUGGGUCCACGUGGAUGGAAGCAUGGACGCUGGUUGGAAACUCCUCAAGGCUACGGCUUUCAAUCGGUUUCACAGCUGUCGUACUCCCAUUAUUGUGCAUUGUGCAACGGGCAAAAAGGCUGCAGAGGCCAAAAAGGUCUUGACCAAACUCAAUUAUCAGUGUGUCUACAAUGCGGGUGCCUACGCUGCUUUGAAAUACUUGCAGGAUUAUCUAAAUGGCUUUGAACGAAAGUGA